GGUGCCUCGUAAAAAGUCGACAUUAAAGCGCCCCGGGCCUACAAAUCACCGGCGCCAAAUUAUGAGUUCGCUCGACUUCGCCAACGCGCUGUUUUCUAAAUAUCAACAUGCCGCGGCGAGUUGCUCCGCUCUGCUCUUCACAGACUCUCCAACCUCUCCCUGCCCGUCCUUCCCUUCUGUUGCUCCCGUCGCGUCCUCUUCAUGCGCCCUCGUUUCCAGCGGAUAUCGCCUCCAUGUCUCCGGUGGAAGAGGGAGCCGGGGGCUCCCAGUACCUCCCUCCUCGUCUUUUUCAUCUCCUUCCUCCUCCUCAUUUCCCUCCACCUCUUCUUCAUCAACGCUCUGUUCGUCUCUGUCGGGACUGAACCGGAACAGCGGGAGUAUUCAGCCUGGCGCGCAUCCUUUCGACCCCGCUGAAGUGCUCUCAGGAGGGGCGUGCAGCGCGUUGGGAGCUGGGCCGAUGUGCUCCUCUCUGGAGCGGUUCACUAGUCGGCCUCAGCUAAACUCGCUGAGCGCCAGGCUCCCUGAGCCGGCCUGCAGGAGGCAGACUAACCCGGAGCAGCUGCAACUCCAGACACACGAGGAGGGGCUACGGAUUUACCCCUGGAUGAGAAGCUCAGGUGGCGACAGAAGGCGCGGGCGGCAGACCUACACCCGCUACCAGACUCUGGAGCUCGAGAAGGAGUUCCACUUCAACCGGUACCUCACGCGGCGGCGGCGGAUCGAGAUCGCGCAUGCGCUCUGCCUCACGGAGCGGCAGAUCAAGAUCUGGUUCCAGAACCGGAGGAUGAAGUGGAAGAAGGACAACAAACUGACCGGCAGCGGCUCCCCAACUAGACCUACUGCUGAUGAAGAGGAGGAGGAGGAGGGAAAGGAGGAGGAGGAGGAGGAGGAGGAGGAAGAGUGAAACUGAUGACAGGACUGGACGGUUUAAGACAACAAGCAGUGUUUUUGCUUUGACUUAAAACUCAAUAUUAAAAGUGACCUUUGCCCCUCAGUCACGUUUCAUCCUCCAGCAACAGCUGCCUGUAUGAACAUGUAUGAACACGACACAUCCACUGCAACAAUUAUUUGAUUUUAUCAUCGAGCAUUCUGUGCUGACUGUCAUCACUUUAGUUUUUUUUAAACAAUAUAAUAUAAUAUAAUAUAAUAUAAUAUAAUAUAAUAUAAUAUAAUAUAAUAUAAUAUAAUAUAAUGCAAGCUAUGCUAAAGACAAGGUAGUACAGUUUCCAAACAAGAUAAAAUGGUUAAACCAUCCUGCACCAUGCAGUUGUCAGAUAUAGUUAAAAAAAAUAGAUUUUUUUUGUUUUUUUGUUUUUUUGUUUUUAGCUCCUCUUCCCCUGCAGCCCAAUCCACAGUCAAAUAAAAUGUGGGCAAUAAAGUUUCGGGAAACCACAGAUUCAUUCACAUUUGCGUCAGUGACCAAGUUCCAUAUAGGUGUGUGUUCAAUACAUGUCAGUUCACAGUAUCUGUGUGUGACCUGACUUCAGAGGGGACAGUAAGGCAUAGCCAGUGACCAGGAUUCAUGUCUAUGUCUCAACAUUUUAAAGUGAAACCAAUUGAUAUUUGAUAAUUGAUAUCAGUU